AUGAGAGAUUCUGUGGAGAAACUGGAGAAAGUGAGGCUGCAAUAUCGUAAUGGAGAUUGUCGUACAAGUACAUCUCGUCGUUCUAUUACCACAGAUGUUAUCCCAAUCGCUAUUCGAUUAGCUAGAGGUGAAAGGAUCGCGCUUGCUCCUGCGGUUCUAGCGGUUAAUAUGAAGUCUCUGUUUAAGUUAGUUCAAGUGUGGAUAUGGGAGAGAUUUAGCAAUACUAGACCAAAUGUUAGAGAGAUACCAAAAGGCGAACCUCGGAUUUCUCGAUGGGAUUCUCUUCAACAGAGGUCAUAUAAGAAUGAGAUGUUUAGUUUUGAUGGAUUCGAUUGGCGUCCUUACACAAAGCCUUUGAAGAAUUGGAAUCCGCUUCGAGUUUCUCAGCUUGCUGGAAAUGGUUUUGUGGAGAACUACUAUCCGAAUCGAGUGGCGAUGCAGUUCGGUUUGAAUCAAGAUCUUCCUGGUUUGAUUACUCGCCAUGUAAACUUCACGGAAAAGGAAGCUUGGGAGGAUUACAACAAGUCUCUUAACGGUCUAAAGCUCUACAUGCCUUCUUGCCUUGCUCGAGUUUUGAAGAGAUGCAGAACGAAACAACAAGUGAAGCUUUGA